AUGGACUUCCUCCAGGGCCUUUCUGGACCGGGAGGUUCUGACUUCUUUUCCUUAGAUCUCUCAGACUCUGACGACAUGGCGUCAGGCAACGGCAAGGCUGGGACGACCAGCGACAAAGACAAGCUUCAUCCUGAAGUCGUCAAGAACCUCGAGCUCCAUCAGGGUUUCAUGCGUCAAGCAAUUGAUGUCGCCGAAGAAGCUCUCAAGGGAGGUGAAACGCCGGUCGCGUGUGUUCUCGUCCACGAGGGCAAAGUCGUUGCUCGAGGCAUGAAUGACACCAACCGAUCUCUCAACGGCACUCGACAUGCCGAGUUCCUUGCCAUUACACAGUUUCUCUCCAAGAUGCCAGCGAGCAAACUUAAGGAGACCGAUCUCUACGUCACCGUUGAGCCAUGCAUCAUGUGUGCUUCGGCCUUGAGACAAUAUGGCAUUCGCUGCGUCUACUUCGGAUGUGGGAACGAUCGAUUUGGCGGGAAUGGAAGCGUGCUUCCGGUUCAUUAUGACAAGGGUCUUGAGGAGGGCUAUCCAAGCUAUGGAGGACUAUUCCGGAAAGAAGCCAUUAUGUUGCUGCGUCGAUUUUACAUUCAGGAAAACGAGAAUGCACCGAACCCUCGAGCCAAAGGCAAUCGAGAACUGAAGCCGGUGGUCUAG